CGAGUAAGUGGUCAAUUUGUCUGAUUUACUCCCCAAAACAUCACUCAGACCUUCAAAUGUCGAUAUUUCCGUCCCAAGCUGCGUUUUGUCAGACAUACUACGGGCGAAGAGGCUUAUUGAGGGUACAGGGCACAGCUAGACAAUACACAGCCACCAACCGACGAUACUCAGAUGCAAUCAAACCAGAACUCAACUCUGUUGCUGCAAAACCCAUUUCAACAAUCUUUCUCAUCCACUACUGCUACAUACUCUGCCAAUGACGUCGUAGCACCACCUCAACAAGACGAAAGAACCGCAAAACCGCGAAAGAGAAAACGGAAACGAGCGACCGAUUCAAACGCUGCCGCUCCAACGGCUACAGCUGGUCCCUCGUCAUCCCAAGACACACUCAACAUCGACACGCUGGUCACCGUCCUCGACGCGGACAUCAACGGCACUAACGGUGAAGCCACGACCACUGUCAGCGAACCGUCCACUCACCCGGUUCAGAGCUGGAGUCACACGGAAGCCAGCAACCUCACAGGUGGCAAGAAGCCCGGCGAUUUUAAGUUUAAGUGCGCAAAGGCCGGCUGCAUUACUUGCAGAAUCCGACGAAUCAAAUGUGAUGAAGCCCACCCAAGCUGUGUAAAUUGCACGAAAGGCCACAGAGACUGCACAUAUCCGGCACCGUUUAUCGAAAACAAGAAUCACAAGCGCACGAAGAAAGCCCGUGGUGAACGAUGAUAGUCACAAAAAAGGGCCCGUGAAGAAGAGUUGCUAUACGCACUGUUAUUUACACCUUCGAGAUAUUGUUUCGAAAGGCGAGUGCAAGCCGCGGCCAUGAAAGGAAAUGCUGCAUUUCCUGCAGGUGGGAGGCUUCGCAAAAAUGCUCUGUCGCUAUGACUGCCUGGCACACUUACCGCCGCCGA